AUGGUGCGUGUGUUGCUCUGCUGGACGCUGCUUGGAGUGUUGGUGAGCGGUCAGAUCAGUGAUCUUCGUUAUACAGAGACAAGCAAUGAUAAUCUGGCGGAGGCGAUCCAGUUUCUCCGCGAGUUUGAUCGUGAAGCGGCCGAAAUGUGUAACCGUGUGGCGAACGCUGAAUGGCGCUACUCAACCAACGGCACGGAAUACAACAAGCGUCGUAUGCGCGAACAGCAAAACCUGGCGUCGAAGCUGGAAUGCAUCAGCUGGCGCAGGGCAGUGUCGUUCGAUUCGUCACGCAUCGUCGACACCAGCAUACGGCGGCAGCUCGGUCGGAUCGUGCAGCAGGGCAGGUGCGGUUUGGGCGAUGGCAAAUAUGCGGAGCUGCAGCACGUGCUGAUGCUGCUGAAGGACAACUACAACGGUGCGAAGGUGUGCCCUUUUCGACGAGUCGCUGCCGAAACUCACGAUUUGGGGACCUUUUCGUCCGCGGGCAGUGGUUAUCCGAGCUCGAACUAUGUGUCGACCUACGCGGGAUAUUGCGAUCUGAAGAUUAGCCCGGAUUUGACGCGCAUCAUGGAGACGAGCCGAUCGGAACCGGAGCUCCGCUACUAUUGGGUGGCGUGGCGUGAAAAGACGGGACCUCCGGUGAAAAAUACCUUCAUGCGCUACUUGAACCUUGCGAACCAGGCAGCGGAGCAGCACGGUUUCCACGAUGCGGGCGAACAGAUGCGUUCCGUGUACGAGGAUGGGAACUUUUUCUUCACCGUCAACGAUCUUUGGGGCGAAUUGCAACCGCUGUACAAGCAGCUGUUCACCUACGUACGGCGGGGGCUGAUUCGGCAGUAUGGUGAACACGUGAUCAGACGGGAUGGUCCACUGCCGGCCCAUCUGCUCGGCAAUAUGUGGGCCCAGAACUGGCGCCAUAUUCUCGACCUCAUCAGGCCCGGUCCACCCGAAACGCCCGACGUGUCCGGCGAGAUGGUACGGCAAGGUUACACACCGAUGAAAAUCUUUCAAACCGCCGAGGAAUUCUUCACCUCCAUCGGGCUGUCACCGAUGGCGCCGGAAUUCUGGCGCAACUCCGUGCUGCAGAAGUCGACGGCCGAUACUGGCCAGCAGUGCAGUGCGUCCGCUUGGGACUUUUGCAACAAGGUGGACUUUCGCAUCAAACAGUGCACGCAGGUUACACUGGACGAUUUUAUCGGCACGCAUCACGAGAUGACCCACAUCCAGUACUACAUGCAGUACGCGAGUCAACCGUUCCUGUACCGGGAAGGGCCGAAUCCUGCCUUCCACGAAGCUCUGGCCAAUGCGAUAACGCUGAGCGUUGGUGGUCCAGCACAUUUGCAAAAGAUCGGACUGCUGAACAGUCCGGUGACGGUGACGAACGGGAACACGAUGGUCAACAUUGAAUAUCUGCUCAACUUGGCGCUGGAUAAACUUCCGUUCAUGGCAUUCAGUUUGGCGCUGGAAAAGUGGCGUUGGUACGUCUUCGAGAAGGGUCCAGUGGGGAUGAAUGCACGCUGGUGGGAGUUACGGUUACGCUACCAGGGAAUCAUACCACCAACUGGCCGGGGAUUCGAACAUUUCGAUGCCGGUGCCAAGUACCACGUGAUAUCGGACCAGGAUUACAUCAAAUAUUUCGUCGCCACAGUGCUACAGUUUCAGAUUUAUUCCGAACUGUGCCAGGCGGCACAACAUUACGGUCCUCUCCAUACCUGCGACAUCUAUCGAUCGCGCGAAGCUGGUCGAAUUUUAAGUGAUGUCAUGCAACAAGGAGCAUCUCUAUCUUCCGCACAACUGAUUAAGUUGCUAACACGCGGUAAAUCAUCGCGCCUAACUGUUGAACCACUGUUGGAGUUUUUCCGACCACUCGAAGCAUGGCUUGAGGGGCAAAAUCGUGAUGAACAGAUCAUUGGCUGGGCCUCGUCGAUGGAGGACGUUGCGCUGUUUCAGCCAUUGCUGGGAAGGAACGGACAGGCUGUAAAAACAGCAAACUUCAGAUUAACGAUCGCGCUGGGAGUUAUGGUUUGGGGGUUUGUUUUACAUAUUAGUAUGAUUACGUAA